CAUCUGCAUUAGUAACGGUUUAACAUGUGUGGAAUCUUACAUGGAAUUUCUAAAAUUUUGGCUUUAGCUUGAGGGUUUCACCGCUUGUCUCCUUUGUUUCAACAUUUAGUCCAUUUCUAGUGUGGAAAAGCGUACUCAUCAGCUGCCAAGCCAAGGACGGAAGCUCCUUAACCGCAAACUAAACAAAUAUGUCAAUACACGAUGAGCCUUCAAGGCAAAGAAAACCACAGCCCAGUCGGGAACCUGAGAAUACUGCAUCAUCGCCAUCCGAAGUUCCCUAUAACAGGGUAUCAUUCAGACCACAGGGCCUCCAGGCCUCUUCUCGAGCCAUGAAACAGAGUGUGGUAUAUCAAGAUCCGCGUCCUUAUUUGAAGAAGGAGACGGCGACGAACGUCGUACUGGCGGAUCCAAGCUCAAGGUUCGGUUAUCAACCGCAUAGGGCUAACGAUGCCGUUUUCGAGGACCAUUUGGAACAGAGCAGUAAUAGCGCUCUCAAUUCAAAGAUCAGGCUCUUUAGCAGGACCAAGACUGAGAGUAAAUCCGUGCCAAAUCACAACGUGUAUAGACAUAGACAGGAUAGCACCGAUAGUCUGGAAUUGAUGCCUACGAUAGCUAUUGGAUACGAAAAUAGUAUGGACAAACAGCUCAGGAGAAGCGCUGGUGAGUUGAGGAUAACCGGCACUGGGUACUAUUUCGAAGCUGCUCCUGAAGAGACAGAUGAAGAUAUGUAUGACACAACAAGAUAUGAGAAAAGACAACGCUAUGUGUCGGACCAACUAUAUGAACCGGAAUUCGACGACAGAAGGAGAGCCAUCCCAGUUCUGCCCGUUGAAGACCAUGAACAACCGUAUGGUCAUAUCGUCCCUCCCACAGACAGCAAUCCCCACGGUGAAAUCAGUGAACAGGUUCCAACGGAAGCGCCUGUAGCGUAUCCCGUCGAGAGUGAACCUGAGAGGCCAGAGCUAUCACCAGUUGAGAUCACGAACCACACCACAAACCAAAGGGAUAAAAAGCCCAAACUGCUAAAGAGGUUGUUCAAAUCUAGAAACAGGAGCAAGAGACCAAUCUUGGAGUUCCAGCACCCGCAACUGGUGGUUGAUCAAGAUAUACCGUCUCCUGUUCAAGAGGUGGAGGUUGAACAGAGUGAUCAUCUUGGUGUCAUGACGGAUCCAGCACGCCAGGAGACUGGAGUGGAAUCUUCUGCUGAGGCCACGGACCAAGAUGACCUGGAUGAGUACUCAACGUUUGUCGAUCUACUGUCCAACAUCCCUGUGGUGUCUCAGGUGUUCCAGCAGAUUGACGAGAGCGACUCAUUGUCUCCAACGCAAAAGCUUGUCAUAAAGCUCGUGCUGAUCGUGCUCUUCCUCUACGAGGUCCAGUCCAUCAUUGAAACGAUUGGCUCGUCGUUAAGCUUUUGAAGCGGAACAGAGUUCGUGUGCUCUGCCCUCCCCACUUGCUCGUUCUUUGUGUAUAUAGACGGAAUUAGCCAGCUUGCUUAGAUUAUGGUUCAUGAUGUAUGAUGUCAACGGCGCUACGCCGCAACGUUACAUAGCAACCACGCCGAUCAACAACAGCCCAGGCCAUAGAGUUUAGAGGG